AUGGUCUCGCAUGAGGCACAUGGAAAAGCCACCCAAAACGAAAAUCAAGCAGGAUUUAGUGCCACGACGUUAAUUCAAGUAUUAUCUGAUUUGAACAGGAGAUUUGUGUCAUUUGAUGGUGUUAUUGUAGACGUUCAUUAUGCGUGUGGAAAUUAUUGUUCGGACAAGAAACCUGCAGCAGUAAAUUGGAUCGAGGGACGUGGGAAAUCAGUUGUUUGUGAAGCAAUUAUCAAAGAAGAAGUGGUGCAGAAGGUAUUGAAAACCAACGUGUCUGCCCUGGUGGAGCUUAACAUGCUCAAAAACCUUGCUGGUUCUGCUAGUAACAUUGUUUCUGCCAUCUUUAUAACCAUCAAUGAUGGGAGGCACCUUCACAUCUCAGUGACCAUGCCUUACAUUGAGGUGAUUUAG